AAGGGGGCGUGUAGGAAUUCCCGUGUCCGCACUGUGUUUACUUCCGUCAAUAUUUCCAGCGCAGCAGGCAACGGAGACAAGGAGCAGAAACAGAGACAGACGAUACAACAAAGGAGUCUCUGGCCUGUCAGAAACUGGAUAUCUGGUCACAGUGCCCCAGGUAGAAUGCCUUUCUUGGGCAAGGACUGGAGGUCGCCAGGAUGGAGCUGGGAAAAGACAGAUAAUGGCUGGAAGAGGAUUGUCUUUUAUGGGGAAGAGUUGGAAGACAACGACAAAGAGUUGGCCUUCAAAGAGCUCUGCAGUGACAACAAAGAAAAUUUGUUCGUCGGAGAUGUGUGUGAGCUCGCCAGCACGAAGAGGAAAAAGGACUUCUACAACAAUAACACCAAAUCUCAAUUUGUUUUCAGAGAUAAGUGGAUCUAUGUGCAGAAAGGAAGCACAAAAGAACGACACGGAUACUGCACACUUGGUGAAGCCCUGAACCGUCUAGACUUUUCCAGUGCCAUUCAGGACUUGAGAAGAUUCAACUAUGUUGCAAAGCUUUUCCAGUUAAUAGCCAGGUCUCAGCUGACGUCUUUGAGUGGAGCUGCCCAGAAAAACUAUUUCAACAUUCUAGAGAAGAUUGUACGGAAAGUCCUGGAGGACCACUACAAUCCCCGCCUUGUCAAAGAUUUGCUGCAGGACCUGAUCUCCACUUUGCACAAUCUGACUAUUCACGUCGGCAGAAUUGUCCUCGUGGGCAACAUCAACAUCUGGCUGUGCCGACUAGAGACCAUUCUCAAAUGGCAGCAACAGCUCAACAACCUGCAGAUCCCCAAGCAAGUGCGUAAUGGUAUGUUGUUCAGCGACCUGCCGCUUCACACGCAAAACAAGAUCCUCUACAAGCUGUCAGACGCCUGUGACAUCAUCAACCUGGGACAAACUACGCCUACUCUGCAGAGUCUUAGUGAGAACAAGACUCUGUGGAAAAAGCUCUGCCAUUUUCACUUCGCAGACAAACAGUUUUGUAGAAACUUGGUUUUAAGCAACAGUGAGAACGUGGACUGGAAGCUGAUGUACUUCACCUUGCGGAAACAUUAUCCCAUGAAGGAGCAGUACGGCGACACUUUGCACUUCUGCAAACACUGUAGCAUCCUCUUCUGGCAGGAUCGCCACCUGGCGUUAUUAUUCAAGGACUGUGGCCACCCCUGCACAGCCAACGACCCAGACAGCUGCCUCAUGCCUAUCUCGCCGCAGCACUUUAUCGACCUCUUCCAGUUUUAACCCUUCAAGAGAGGCGUCCACACUCCCGAACAAACCAACGUACGAGACCUCGACGUCGUGCACCCAAAUAAAAAGGGCUUCAGCUGAAAGAAAUUUCUUACGUAUGUCUUCUUUUAUCUCAUGUGAGCAGUAGGGAGGAAUUAAUGUCUGUUUAUUGAUGUUGAGAAUGUCAGUGAUGGGUCAAAAUAGAAUAGGAACUAUCCGCACAAUUUUUGUCUUUUCGAUGAAAAAGCAAUGUAUUAUAUAGGAAAGAGAAAAGUGUACAUGUUGUGAGAUUGUUUCAAAAGAGUUUAUAUGUAUAAAGAGUUUUAGCAUGUUUACAGUGGGUGAAUAAUGGCGGUUUAAAAAAAGAUAGGCUCUUAAAGUUCAUGACCAGAAUAAACCGACUCGUGUUUGUUGUUUAUUUAAACUAUUCUGGUUGUGCUCUGUUUUUUUUGGGUGUUUUUCUGGGAUAACUGAACGCAUGUCAUGUUAGAGUCUUUGUUUGUAUGUUGUCCUUUGUGAACUCUUGCUCUGUGUAUACCGGAAGUAUUAUGCCACUGAAAGAAAAUCAUCUAAAAGCAUUAACCGCACAGGUUUUUAUAAUGUGCUUUUGUCAAGUGACGGACAAGGAAAUGUACAAACAUUAUUUAAGAAAAAGUUUUGUAUCCUUUUCUCCAACUUUUUUAAUAUCCCUUUAGCAUUCCAAUACUCUUUAUGGUACUGUCAUGAUCUUUAUGGGACAGGAAUUAACUAUAUGAUAAUUAAAUAUUUAUAAAAAACCUG